AUGAUCGUGAUCAUGAAGGCCGGUUUCCUAUUUCUCGCGAGUCUCUGCUUGCUUGUCCAGGCGGUGCCCAACAAGGUCGCCGACAAGACGUAUGUCACCAGGCAGAAGAACAUCUACGAACUCUUCUGGCACGUGGACCAACCGACCGUUUACCAUCCGGAACUCUACCAGAAGGCGCGCACUUUCAAUCUCGUUGAAAAUCUCGACAACUACAAUGACAAAGAAGCGGUGAACGAGUUCAUGCAACUCUUGAAACAUGGAAUGCUUCCACGUGGCCAAGUGUUCACGAUGAUGAACAAGGAAAUGCGCCACCAAGCCGUGGUGCUUUUCCGUCUUCUGUACAGCGCCAAAACGUUCGACGUGUUCUACAACACAGCUGUCUGGGCCAGAUUCAACGUAAACGAACAAAUGUACUUAUACGCGUUAAGCGUAGCCGUGAUCCACCGUCCUGACACCAAACUGAUGAAAUUGCCGCCAAUGUACGAGGUGAUGCCACAUUUAUAUUUCAAUGAUGAGGUCAUGCAGAAAGCUUACAACAUUGCCAUGGGUGACACAGCUGACAUGAAAAAGACUUACAACAACAUCGAUUAUUACUUACUUGCGGCGAACUAUACCGGAUGGUACUUAACCAAACACAACGUGCCCGAGCAGAGAUUAAACUACUUCACCGAAGAUGUUGGCCUCAACCAUUUCUACUUCAUGUUGAAUCACAAUUAUCCACCUUUCAUGCUUUCAAACUCGCUCAACUUUCCACAAAUUCGGGGUGAAUUCUAUUUCUUCCUCCAUAAGCAAGUAUUGAACAGAUAUUACCUUGAGAGACUUAGCAACGACAUGGGUGAGGUUAGUUAUGUGAGCCUAGAUCAUCCCAUACCGACUGGAUAUUAUCCCACUAUGAGAUUCCGCAAUGGACUUGCCUUCCCUCAGAGAGAAACUGGUGCUACGGUUCCACUUCAUAUGCAGAAAUAUGUUCAAAUGAUCCACGAUCUUCACACCAGGAUCUCAACCGCCAUCGAUCUUGGCUACGUUGUAGACUCGUACGGCAAUCACGUCAAGUUGUACACGAAGCAAGGAUUGAACGUUCUUGGUAACAUCGUUCAAGGUAACGGAGACAGCGUUAACGUACAAUUAUACGGACAAUUGGAUCUGCUCGUGAGAAAAGUCUUAGGUUUCGGUUACGAAUCCAACGUCAAGUAUCAAGUCGUGCCAUCCGCUCUUCAAAUGUGGUCUACCAGCUUGAGGGAUCCUGUAUUCUUCAGCAUCUACAAGACCAUCCUUGAUUAUUAUCACAAAUACAAGGAAAAUCUUCCGAAAUACACCACGGAAGAAUUAAACUUCCCAGGUGUAAGCAUCGAAUCCGUGACCGUGGACAAGCUCAUCACUUAUUUUGAUCAUUUCGAGUCCAUGUUGAACAAUGGAGUGUCGAUUCAAAGUCACGCAAAAGCCAAGAACACCAUGAUCAAAGCUCGACAAUACAGGUUGAACCACAAACCUUUUACCUAUCACAUCGUCGUGAACAGCGACAAAAACGUCAAAGGUAUGGUCCGUAUCUUCCUUGGACCGAAAUACGACGAGUUCGGUCAUGAAGUUGACCUCGUGCACAAUUACAUGAACUUCAUGCAGAUGGACGAGUUCGUGGUUAACCUGAAAAGCGGAAGCAACACGAUCGAGAGGAACAGCCACGAAUCCGUCUUCGUCGUCCCCGACGAGGUUCCCAGCGACGUGCUGUACAACAGGCUGGUGGUCAGCGAGGACGGUAGCGAGACGUUCAAGUAUUCAUCCCAGCCUUACGGCUUCCCCGAGAGGCUUCUUCUGCCCAAGGGCAAGAAAGAAGGUAUGCCGUACAAUGUGCUCGUGGUCGUCUCGCCAUUCGACGACUCGAACGUCGUCCAAAUAGACUCCCCUGUGUGGGGGCGCCACAUUUACGACGGACGUGCUAUGGGCUUCCCUCUGGACAAGCCUGUCGAUCCUUUGCUCUUAGUACUGUCCAACAUCCACGUGAAGGAGGUCCUCGUUCAUCAUAGGGAGAUGGAGGAGUUGAACGUUGCCCUGUAA